GCCAUUGACAUAUCCCGCAGAGUGAGUGUUGGUUGGAAAAAUUGGAAGAUGGCGAUGGAGGAGGUGACAGAAGAGCGUAGCAGCAGUUCCGAAUCCGUGACAGAGACAGUGUUGGGGUCUCACACGUUCGAAAUAAAGGGCUACUCUUUGACAAAGGGAAUGGGCAUUGGAAAAUGCGUUGCGAGCAACAAGUUCAGCAUUGGAGGGUACGAGUGGGGGAUGCAGUUCUACCCAGAUGGCAAAUACUCCAAAGAUAACUCCACUUAUGUUUCUCUCUUCAUCACACUCUUCUCCAACGCCACUGAUGUUUCCACCUUUUAUGAAAUCAACUUGCUCGAUCAGAGACCAAAACGGAAGCGCCAUGCUGCUACCCACUACGAUCACUCCUUCCAAUGCGGUCCCUGCGUUUUCAAAAGCCGUGGCAGCAUGUGGGGUUAUAACCGGUUUUGCAAUCGGAAAGAUCUUGAAGCUGCAACUUUUCUGAAGAAUGACUGCUUGAAGAUAAGGUGCACUAUUGGUGUUGUGGUGACAGCGUGCAGUGAUUCUUCAAAGUUAAAAACAAUACAAGUUCCUGAGUCUGAUAUGGGAGAACAGUUCGGAGUGCUGUUAGAUUCUGGGGCCUUUUCUGAUAUUACUUUCUCAGUUCGAGGACAAAAGUUUCAUGCUCAUAAGCUUGUAUUGGCUACUCGCUCAAAACUGUUUCUAACUGAGAUUGUUAAUGGAACGGAGAAGAAUGAAGAUGGUGAAAUAGUUGUUAAUGACAUUGAACCUAAGGUUUUCAAGGCUUUGCUUCAUUUUAUUUACAGAGACUCUCUAAUACCAGAUAAAGAGCUUUAUAAGUCACGUCCAUCACUGUAUUCUUCGUUAUCUGAAACAUUUCCUGUAAAGUUGUUAGCAGCUGCAAUAAAGUUUGAUUUAUCAAGACUUAAGCUGAUGUGUGAAUAUGUACUUUGCAAUAAUAUAUCCAUAAAUUCUGUUGUCUAUAUUUUACUUCUCGCUGAUCGUAAUCAUGCAGCUGAAUUAAAGUUCGCGUGUCUAAAAUUUGCUGCUCAAAACCUUACUGCUGUCAUGCAAUCUGACGGCUUCAAAUAUCUUACUCAAAAUUAUCCAUUGAUGCAAGCCGAACUGCUGAAAACUGUGGUAGAAUGCAUGGAACCAUAUAUUGGAGAACAAAAACAUGAAUCUGUGAAGAGCCAAUCCUCAGAUAAUGGUCAUUGAGGGGACAUGAAUGUAAGACAACCAACUUAGGAAAAUUAGUCCAAGGAUGAUAUUGGAUGUGAAAGUUUGAUAUAUUAUCAAAUUUGUUUUAUAUUCUUAUGUUCUUUUUUAGGUUCGGUCUUGGUUGUUUAUCAAAGCAACUUUAAUUAUGAUAUCCCUAACUUAGUUAAGAUCCAAGCAUU